CUUCCUUCGCGUAUCUGCAUCCGGGUCCUCAGGAUUCGCGCUCCCCGCGCCGGGUUGGGGUAGCCCUGUGGUGGUUGGGUGUUGGUGGUCCUCGGUCUUCCGGCUUCUGAAGAGUCUGUGAGUCAACUGGUGAGUUUAGGCGAGUGGCUAAAGACGGACACCUGGUUGGCGGUUGCUUUUCCCGGGGUUUUGUGCUGAGCUGGGACACGGAGCCUGGAGCAGCGGUUUGGAUCUCUGAGGAUUGGCAGAAACUUGGAAAAGGGACAUCUUAACAAUCUGAAUGUGAAGAGAUUCUUUUUUCUUCUGGGUGAGAGGAUUCAGGUUUGAACUUCUUGUGCGGGAAGCUGUGCGUCACCAUAAUGAGACUUGUAAUUCUUGACAACUAUGACUUGGCUAGUGAAUGGGCAGCCAAAUACAUCUGUAAUCGCAUCAUUCAGUUCAAACCUGGACAGAACAGAUACUUUACACUGGGCUUACCAACAGCCUGUGGUGAGGCUGAACAUCAUGGCAGGAGGCAUGAGGUGGAGCAAAGCUGAUCACCUAAUGUGGCCAGGGAGUACACCUUUAGGAUGUUAUAAAAAACUAAUAGAGUAUCACAAAAGUGGAGACCUUUCUUUUAAAUAUGUGAAGACUUUUAAUAUGGAUGAAUAUGUAGGACUCCCAAGAAAUCAUCCUGAAAGCUACCAUUCUUACAUGUGGAAUAACUUUUUUAAGCAUAUUGACAUAGAUCCUAAUAAUGCUCAUAUCCUUGAUGGGAAUGCUGCAGAUUUACAAGCAGAAUGUGAUGCAUUUGAAAGGAAAAUAGAAGAAGCUGGAGGAAUAGAUCUUUUUGUUGGAGGAAUAGGUCCAGAUGGUCAUAUCGCUUUUAAUGAGCCAGGAUCCAGUUUAGUGUCAAGGACAAGAUUAAAGACUCUGGCAAUGGACACCAUUUUGGCAAAUGCUAAAUACUUUGAUGGAGAUUUAUCAAAAGUGCCAACUAUGGCUCUAACUGUUGGUGUGGGGACAGUGAUGGAUGCUAGAGAAGUGAUGAUCCUCAUAACAGGUGCACACAAAGCAUUUGCCUUGUACAAAGCAAUAGAAGAAGGAGUCAAUCACAUGUGGACUGUUUCAGCUUUCCAGCAGCAUCCCAGAACUAUUUUUGUAUGUGAUGAAGAUGCUACUUUAGAAUUAAGAGUUAAAACUGUGAAAUACUUUAAAGGUUUAAUGCAUGUGCACAAUAAACUUGUGGAUCCACUAUACAGUAUGAAAGAAGGAAAUUGAAGGAGAUUGAAGCAAAAUUCUACUUGAAAAGACCACUUUAUUAGAUGCAUUUUCAGCUAUGCAAUAUGAUAAAUCAUGGGAAUAUUGAAGAUUGUCACUUUUAAAAUCCAUUAUAUGUUAAACAUUCCAUAUUUAGAAUGACUUUCUUAUACUAGGAUUUAAGAGAAACAGUUGACUCUCCAAGCUGGUUGGCUGUUAUCAAUUACAGAAAGCUACAUAGCCACAUAUAAAACAGCAUAGAAAUGUCUGCUGACUUGAGGUACCAUGUGUGACAUAACAUAGAUUAUUCUUUAAUUACAGGAAGACACUCUAAGCCUUUCAUUUAUCAAACAAUUCUCAUUGCAAAUCUUUACUUUUGGAAUGCUUUCUUUAGAUCUGUGUAUUAUACACAUGAUUUUCUGCACGGUGUUGCCUUAGUCAUCUUUCAGCAGUAGUAUUUGGACAUCAAAAGCCCUGCUACAUAUUGUUGGUAAAGGAAAUGUGAAGAGAUGACAGUAUCUAAAAGUAGUUUACAUCCCUUUGGAAAGUAUGUGUAAGUGCAUGCUUUUUUGCGUACCUUCUUAUAUAGCACCUUUUUACAAAUAAGCUUAUUUUUUUUUAAUGACAUAGGUUCAUGCUCCCCCACAUAUAUAGCUUAGCAAUUAUGAGCUUUAUAUAAACCUGAAUUCUUUUGAAGAAUAUUUUCUGAUUAUUGCUAAAUUUCAUAAAUUAGCUUUAUUCCUUAUAUAUAAAAUGUCUAAAAAGGUACUGUGAAAUAUAUAAUUACUGUAAUCCAUUGCAGAUUGUGAUAAUUGAAUAAAUUGCAGAUCUAUAUUGUUUUCUAUCUUUAACUCAAAUAAAGCUUAUUAAUAAUAA